AUGGAAAAUCAAGAAACUUUCACAAACACUCAAACUAAUGAUCAUAACGCAGUUUCGCUAGAAGAUGCUGUCGAACAAGUAACCUCAUCAGUGACAAGGAUAUGUGAUGGAGAUACCUAUCCGAUCUCAGAUAAUGAGUCAACAACAGAUUCAAUAUGUAUAAUUGAUACGAAUACGGUCCAAUUACAAAAAAACGAUGACGAACAAGGUGAAUUCAAUCGUAAGUAG